UUUUUUUAUGAAACGCAUAAUUGAAUUGAAUUGUGUGCAUUUGUUUACAAAACGAUUUAGAAUGUCGGAAAUGGAUACAUUUAGUGCUAAGCGGGAUUUAACACUUAGACGCUUUAACGAUAUAUUGUUAGCGGAGAAACUCAACUCGACUCUCAAGAUGUCCCGUUAAGACCAAUAGUUAGCGCACCCGGAUCACCAACGUAUUACUUGGUUAAACACUUGGCAUCGCUGCUCCAACCACACAUAGGACACGGCACCAGUUACAUCAAGGACUCCACCGACUUCAUGCGCAAGAUUCAAGAUAUCAAUAUUGAACAAAACGACAUCUUUGUGAGCUUCGACGUCGUCUCACUGUUUACCAAAGUACCUCUGAAGAGUUGCUUGGACAUGGUGAACUGGAUAUUUCCUGUCGAUAUUUGCUGACUUUUUGAAGUCUGUCUGACCGGUAGCUAUUUUGUGUUUAAGGGAAACUUCUACGAACAGGUGGAUGGAGUGGCAAUGGGAAGCCCAUUAAACCCGGUUAUAGCCAACUUAUUUAUUUUGAGGAAAAAGCGAUCGAGACCUCAGAGUACAAGCCAGCAAAGUGGUUCCGGUGCGUGGAUGACACCUUCAUGAUUUGGAAACAUGGUAUGGACAAGCUCAACAACUUUCUGCAGCAUCUCAACAGUCAACAUCCCAGCAUCCAGUUUACUAUGGAGACUGAAAAUGACCAACAACUUGCAUUCUUGGACGUACUAGUGAGGAAGCGAGGUAACAAGCUGGGCCACACAGUUUACAGAAAACCAACCCAUACGGACAGAUACCUGCAUGCUCUAUCCAACCAUCACCCAAGUCAAAAGUAUGGGGUUAUCAGAACCCUGACAGAACGAGCCCGAAGGAUUUGCGAACCGGAGAACCUCCAGAUGGAAUUUGAACACCUAAAAACUACGUUCCAGCGAAAUGGCUACAACAAGAGGGAGAUCGAAAGAUCAAUGAACUCAAGACCAUCGAGAUCACGGGAUACCGAACAACGACCCUUCACCUCCCACGCAUAUCUGCCGUAUAUUCCGAGUGUCACCAACAGGAUUGGCAGAGUAACGGCUAUCACAACAGACUAGUCAGGGAAGCCAUUGAGAUACAAAAACAUCCACACAAUUUCAACAGAAAGGAGGAGACCCUUAAACUCAACCAAAUCUGAAACCCGAUCCUUAGGAACGCCCGAGCAGUACCGAUCGAUAUCCCGAGACCAACCGAAGCGGAACAAGCCCCGCCCACCACCAAUCGGCAUAAAUACAACCUGCGCAGGAGAAAUCGUCAGUCUACGUCCAACAUCGGAGUUGGAAGGACCUCUGAAGAAGCUCGCCACUCGUGCUAGCGAAACGUUAGGAAGUAAUUCCAAUCGACGACGGCCUUUAAACCCGAAUCAAGAUAAUAGCUGAAUGGGUCCUGU